UGGUAUCAUCUUCCGGAUGAAGCAUAAAACUUUCGCUGGUGUUCCGUUCCCUGCUCGGCGAUUUACGACGUGUGGAGGUGGAGGUGGAGGUGGUGUUUUGACCCGGUGUUGACAGUGCCGACGAAGUUGGAGGCUUCGCUUCUGUUGAAAUUUAUAUCGAAUUUUGUGAACGAAGUUUGAGGUUGAGGACUCAUGGCGGACAAGUACAAUUUGAAGAACCCGGCGGUGAAGCGGAUCCUACAGGAGGUCAAGGAGAUGCAAUCGAACCCUUCUGAUGAUUUCAUGAGCCUGCCACUUGAGGAAAAUAUAUUUGAGUGGCAAUUUGCAAUUAGAGGACCUGGUGAUACUGAAUUUGAGGGUGGUAUUUACCAUGGGCGUAUCCAGUUGCCUGCAGAAUAUCCGUUCAAACCACCUUCCUUUAUGCUAUUGACGCCUAAUGGACGUUUUGAGACCCAAACCAAGAUUUGCUUGAGCAUAUCAAAUCAUCAUCCUGAGCAUUGGCAACCAUCAUGGAGUGUAAGGACUGCUUUAGUCGCUCUGAUUGCAUUCAUGCCCACCAACCCAAAUGGUGCAUUGGGCUCGCUAGAUUACAAGAAAGAAGAGAGGCGUGCCCUAGCCAUUAAAUCUCGGGAAGCACCUCCAAAAUUUGGGACUCCUGACCCAAAACUGAUUGAUGAGAUACACGAGUAUAUGCUCAGCAAAGCACCCCCUGUUCCUCAACUCAGCCCCUCAGAGUCUCCUGAUGAAGAACACCUUAAAACUGAGGAAACCGAGGCCCAGAUUAAUCCACAAAAUCAUGAGGCUAUGCCUGCAAGACAGGAGCUUCCUGUUCAAGCAAUGGAUGAUGACAGGAUUCUUGAAGAACAAAAUGCUGCAACUGCAAAUCCUAACCCUGGAGUAGUUGAAGCUUCCAGGGAGAUUCCAUCCAGUGUGCCUCUCAAUCAGGUGCAUCAAAAUUCAGAUUCAAGGGUUCAGAAUCCAAAGCCAGAAACAAGGGUCCAAAAACCUGACGAUCGCUUGUUCACUAUGGCUGCCAUAGGACUCACUAUUGCUAUUGUGGUCCUUUUGCUGAAGAAGUUCAUUACAUCUACCGAACAUGGUGCAGUUUUCAUGAAUGGAUCUUGAGAUAUAUAUUCAUUGCCGUUUGCUGGCUCCAAAGAAAAAGGCUUUCUGGCCUCAUGUAGUUAUAGAAAUGUAUCGUCUAAUUAUACUUAAUCAUUUUAAGUAAUGCUAUAAUGUACUAAUAAAUUGCUAGCACUUGUUUCAGGCUCCAAUAAGAUUUAUUUUUUGGGCCCCCUUUUA